AACUCAUUGGAUUCGCACCAUGCUGAAGUUCGUGAUCUUGUUGUCUGCCGUUGCCUGCGCCCUGGGUGGCACCGUCCCCGAGGGACUCCUGCCCCAGUUGGAUGGUCGUAUUGUCGGAGGUGUUGCCACCACCAUCAGCAGCUUCCCCUGGCAGAUCUCCCUGCAGCGCAGUGGUAGCCACUCCUGCGGUGGAUCCAUCAUUUCCGAGUACUACAUCUUAACCGCCGCUCACUGCCUGCAGUCCGUGUCCGCCUCCAACCUGCAGGUCCGCGCUGGAUCCAGCUACUGGAGCUCCGGUGGCGUCGUCUCCAAGGUUGCCUCCUUCAAGAACCACGAGGGCUACAACGCCAACACCAUGGUCAACGACAUCGCCGUCAUCCGUCUGAGCUCCGCCCUGAGCUUCAGCUCCACCAUCAAGGCCAUCGGCCUGGCUACCUCCAACCCCGCCAACGGCGCUGCUGCCUCCGUCUCCGGCUGGGGCACCCAGUCCUACGGAUCCAGCUCCAUCCCCUCCCAGCUGCAGUACGUGAACGUGAACAUUGUCGGUCUGUCGCAGUGCGCCUCCUCCUCCUACGGAUAUGGUAGCGAGAUCAGGAGCACCAUGAUCUGCGCUGCUGCCAGCGGCAAGGAUGCCUGCCAGGGUGACUCCGGCGGCCCACUGGUCUCCGGUGGAGUCCUUGUUGGUGUCGUCUCCUGGGGAUACGGUUGCGCUUACGCCAACUACCCCGGUGUCUACUCCGAUGUCGCUGCUCUCCACUCCUGGAUCAACAGCAACGUCUAAAAACUUUGCGAAAUAAAACGAAUUUCCCGAUUAUA